AUGGACGUCGCCCUCGAGAUCCUCGAUCCUCUCGUCCUGGACAAGGUCUACGCCUACUUCGUCCCCGCGCAGACCGCGGCCGCCUCCAAUGCGACCGGCGCCGCCGCCUUCAUCUCGUCGUCGGACUGGAACUCGUCCACGACCGCCCUGUCACCGCUCUCGUAUGGCUCCGCCUGGCCGCGCGACAGCAUCCUGCGCCAGUGCAUCUCGCUGCUCGUCAUCACCCAGAUCGGCGCCUCGCUGCUCUACUGGGUCUUCAGCGCCCUCUCCUACUACCUCAUCUUCGACCGCCGCCUCGAGUACCACCCGCGCUUCCUCAAGAACCAGAUCCGCCAGGAGAUCGUCUCUUCCAUGAAGGCCGUCCCCGUCAUCGACGUCCUCACCCUGCCCUUCUUCCUCGCCGAGGUCCGCGGCAAGAGCCUGCUCUACACCCGCAUCGACGAGUACGGCCUGUGGUGGAUGGGCGUCUCGGCCCUGCUGUUCCUGGUCUGGAACGACAUCUCCAUCUACUGGAUUCACCGCCUCGAGCACCACCCCUCCGUCUACAAGUACAUCCACAAGCCACACCACAAGUGGAUCGUGCCCACGCCCUGGGCUGCGCUCGCCUUCCACCCCGUUGACGGCGUCUUCGUCUUCUUCUGCCCCGUGCAAAAGUACCUCUACCUGUGCCUCUUCAUCCUCGUCCAGAUUUGGACCAUCCUCAUUCACGACGGUGACAUGAUCUCUGGUCACUGGCUCGAGAAGUACAUCAACAGCCCCGCCCACCACACCCUGCACCACAUGUACUUCACCGUCAACUAUGGCCAGUACUUCACCUGGGCCGACAGCUACUUUGACUCCCACCGCGCGCCCCAGCCCGAGCUGGACCCCCUCCACGAUGCCCUCAAGGUGAUGCGCGAAAAGGGUCUGGUGGAUGAGAAGGGCAACCCGAUCCCCCAGGACAAGAAGAAGGACCAGUGA